UGCCUAAGCUUGUCCGAAUCUGUUGAUAGGUCACUCUUUUGUCAGUCUCUAUCAUACGCCGCACAACACAGAUGUUAUCUUCAGUCGUCGCCGUAGAAGGCCGUCCCUCACGUAAAUCAUCAGUGAGAUUAGUGCGACCACGUUUAAACUCAUUAAACCAGUUGUAAACAGUCGCACGAGAUGGGGCUUCAUCGUGAAAGGCCAAUCGUAGUCUAUCAUAACUUUCUUGUUGACUUAAAUGACAUCGAAAGUCAUAAAAAAUCAUUGCACGAAAAUUUUCUCGUGUUAAAUUCAUGAUGACGUGACACAGACAAUUUUCAAUUUGCCGCCAAAUCGUAAAACAAAUGACAAAUGAAUGAAAUAUAUACUCAGUAAUAUUGGCAAAGAGUUAUAUUUUCAAAUUUUAGAAUUAUUUUUUUAUUAUAUUGUUUAUAAGUGGCCAGUUCUAAGAACUUUCAGUUUGACCCUCGUAUUAUGACAACUGAACAAGUUUACUUCAUUACUACAUUUUUUUAGACUCAGAUUAUCGCCCUAUUGUACCUCCUAAGAAAAGAGCUGAAGACUAUCUGAAAGUAGUCCUUCCCAGAGGCAAGAUGGUCGCCAAACAUGACGCCAGCGCUCCCUACCACGUGUUCUAUACGACCAUCAGUGACGCGAAACAGACGCACAAUCAACCUUACUCUAUCACAUUUUUAGAAAUUCUAGACCGCAGUCUUGGUGAGUUGAAAUGUUCGUUGCAAAUAAAUUUCAUGGUUGAAAUUGGAUGGUUGUUAGCGCAAUACUACUUUGCCGGUUAUAGCGAGAAGAAAUUAACAAUACUCUAUGGUGAGGACAUGGAGGAUUUGAGGACCAUAAACAAGAAGAAGCCGCAUGUGGAUGCACAUCAUGUCUCUAUGGCCACACCGUUCGGGAAACAUCAUACUAAAAUGAUGAUACUUUGUUACGAGGAUGGUUCGCUAAGAGUGGUGGUGUCUACUGCCAAUCUCUACGUAGACGAUUGGGAGAAUAGGACUCAGGGUUUAUGGUUUAGUCCGAGAUGUCCGGAACUCCCUGCGGACGCUAUGCCACACGACGGGGAAUCCCCUACUAUGUUCAAGAAAUCUCUACUUAAAUAUCUGAAUCAUUACCACUUGCCUUCACUGGCUUAUUACAUGGAGAGGGUGAAGAGAUGUGAUUUUAGCCAUAUAAACGUGUUUCUGGUGGCGUCAAUACCAGGGUCCCACUUUGAUAUGGAGUGGGGAUUGACUCGCGUUGGUUCACUGCUGAGACAACACUGCUCUAUACCAACUGAUCAAAACAAACAGUGGCCGCUUAUAGCGCAGGCGAGCAGUAUAGGCAGCUUCGGGAAGGAACCUAAGUUAUGGCUCACUGGCGAUUUCCUUCAACACUUUACUAGAAUAAAGAACCCGCCUACGGUUCUUUCGCAGCCUCCACAACUUAAAAUAAUAUACCCAUCGUUAGAAAACGUGAGGCAGUCCCAUGACGAUCUAUUGGGUGGUGGAUGUCUACCUUACGCGGCCGACGCUCACGCUAAACAAUUGUGGCUCAAUGAUUACUUAUAUCAAUGGAAAGCUACGUCUACGCAUCGUGACCGAGCAAUGCCACAUAUAAAGUGUUACACCCGGGUAUCACCGGAUUACAACCGGGCGGCUUAUUUCUUGCUCACAUCCGGUAAUGUGAGCAAGGCCGCCUGGGGACAGAAGAACAAGAAGGACCAAGCUCUGAGGCUCAUGAGCUGCGAGGCUGGAGUUCUGUUGCUGCCUCAGUUCGUGGUGAGUGAACCAUCUAAUCUACAGAUAAUUAAAAUAGGGUUGAUGACAACAAUUUUUUAUAUUUUUGUUUUAUUAAAAUUUACCGCGGAAACGCCACCUUCUGUGAUGGUGUUACUAUGA